GGAGCUGAGACCAGCGCGAGAGGACGCGCGAGGCAGCCAGCCGCGAGCGCGGAAGGGAGUCUCUUUCAGGAGCCUGAAUACGGCGGUCCGGGCAGGGCCGCCAAGGAAGGGCGGCUGGGAGGAGCCGAAGCGCGGCGGAGGAGGAGCCGCUGCAGCCCCAGCCUGCGUGCGUCAGGUCCUGCGGGCAACUCGGCAAAGUUCAGGGAAGGCAGGAAAGCGGCGCCUUUGAGGCGAGAGACCAGGCGAGCCCAGCCCAGCCCGGAGCGAGGUCGGGCGGGUGGGCUUCCCCAGUCCUCGCUUUAGAAGGUGCGAGCGAAGGCAUCUCCCCGGGGGAAAAGUUUCUGGCGGGGCCGGGAGCGGACGGCUGGACUGAAGAAGCGGGUCCCAUGGAGGGACGGGAGCUGCAGGAACAGCCGCCCGAGCCGGAGGGACGCCAAGGCGUGCAGCCCUGAGCGGCGGCGCACGGUUCCUCGGGUCUCCAUGGGCGCGGGCGGCGCGCCUUAGGGAGGCAGGCGGCCGGCCGCCUCGGUGCCGUCAUGGCCAAAUGGCUGAACAAAUACUUUAGCCUGGGCAAUAACAAGACCAAGAGCCCUCCGCAACCGCCCCGUCCGGACUAUCGGGACAAGCGGAACGGCACGGCGGGAGCGGGAGGCGGAGGGCAUCACAACCAUCACCAUCAUCACCACCACCACCACACGUCGCCGUGCUUCCCGCGCCACGACACCAGCGACCUGCUCCGCGCCUACCGCGCUCAGAAGGAGCGCGACUUCGAGGACCCUUACAGCGGGCCGGGCUCGUCGCUGCGCAAACUGAGAGCGCUCUGCCGAGCCGAGUAUUGCGCGCCUGAGGAGCUGCUGGUGGAGUCGGCCGGUCCCAAGCCCUUCUCGUCCUCGUCCUGCUGCGGCGGCAGCGGUGGAGGAGGCAGCGGCGGCGGCGGCGGAAUAAGCAGCGGCGGGAGCAGCGCCGCCGUCGCCUCCGUCCCCACCCCCUCGACGGCCUCGGCUUCGCCUCAGCUCUUCCGCAGCCACAGCGAACGCCGCGCUGCCACCCCGCCCGACUCCGCGUCGGUCAAGUACAUUUCCCCCAAGCACCGGCUAAUCAAAAUAGAAAGCAACGAAGGUGGCAAGGGCGGCAGCGGCGUCCCCAUCACCUGGAGCCCGCCGGGAAUUGGCGGAGCCGGACAGAAGAAGCUCAACAAGUGUGGCGAACAAGGAGAGGGCGGCGGUGGCAGCGUCUCUUUAACCAAGAAGGAGAAAGUUUUAAUAGCUGAUGACUAUUCUGAUCCAUUUGAUGCCAAGAGUGAAAUCAAUAAAAUGGGCAAAGGAGAAAACACUGGCUAUAUGGAACCAUAUGAAGCUCAGCGGAUCAUGACUGAGUUACAGAGGCAAGACAGUGUGAAGCCCCAGCAAAAAGACAUCCAGCUGUAUGACACACCUUACGAACCUGAAGGCAACGGUGUGGAAUCUGAUUCAGAAAGUGCUGUGAGUCAACGCCUGAGAGAGAGCAAGUUGCCACAGGAUGAUGAUAGGCCGGCAGAUGAGUAUGACCAGCCAUGGGAAUGGAAUAAGGUCACCAUUCCUGCUUUGGCAGCCCAGUUCAACGGGGGAGAGAUAAGGCAAUCCUCACCUUCUCCAUCUUCAAGUGAUCGGCGCCGACAGCUUCGGGCACCUGGGGGAGGCUUCAAACCCAUCAAACAUGGUAGCCCAGAAUUCUGUGGAAUCUUGGGGGAGAGAGUGGAUCCAACUAUUCCACUGGAAAAACAGAUAUGGUAUCAUGGAGCAAUCAGUCGGACAGAUGCAGAAAACCUCUUGCGCUUGUGUAAAGAAUGUAGUUAUCUAGUGAGGAACAGCCAAACAAGCAAGCAUGACUAUUCACUUUCUUUAAAGAGCAACCAAGGGUUUAUGCACAUGAAGUUGGCAAAGACCAAAGAGAAGUAUAUUUUGGGUCAGAACAGCCCUCCCUUUGACAGCGUGCCUGAGGUUAUUCACUACUACACUGCAAAGAAACUGCCUAUCAAAGGAGCUGAACAUUUGUCACUCCUAUACCCUGUAGCUGUCCGGACCUUAUAAUUGUUCUUACUCUACGCUCCUUCCUGUGGAUUGGAGAUGAAGGCUGCAGCAGCAGAAGGAUCCCUGCAUUGGCAUCAGCAGCAUUUCUUGGAAACAAAGGACCCUUUUCGGUCUUUCCAGAAACAGACUGUUGUAUAGUAGUAUGAGUGGAAUUGUUGCACUACUUUGCAUGUCCUGUGUGGAAACGUUGGCUUCUAUUUAUAUGAGAGAAAAUGGAUUCAGACGUAGAAGAAAUGUAUCUUUUUUCCAGGAAUCACACCCACCCUCCCACGCUCCCAGGAAUGGAAAUCUUGCCAAACCCAAAGAAAGCUCUUGAAAACUUUCUGCCUGUGGGCCCACAACGUGCUUCCUUCCUAGCUGUUUUGGGCAGGGGGAGAAUACAUUCAGACCGAAUCUGCAAAUGGACGCAUUCCCUUCUGGGAGCAGAGUUGAAGAGGAAAAUAAAACUGGCUUUGCUACACACUCCAGACUUGGGAAUUACGUAUUACACACUCAACCCCAGAUGUUAUUGUUUUCAUGCACAAAUUAACCCAACACAAAGACCCUCCCCCCCCCUGGUUUUUUUGUCUUAAUGAGGAUGUCAUUUUAAAGAUCUCAAUGAAUAAUUUUGCAAUGGCAGAAAGUGUUUGGUUAUUUAUGAAUAGGGUAUGUACUUAAAUAGUGGUUUAAUAUAUAUACAUAUAUAAUUAUAUUUUUAUUCCCCUCUCCUUAUGUGGGGGGAGGGGUGCAACAAUAAAGCUCUAAGGGUUUGUUUUGUGCCGAUUCCUAAUUUAAAGGUGAUGACUCAGUUCUGUUUUUUGUUGUGUACGUACAGUGUAAGUGGUGAUGGUUCAUUGAUUUCCCAAGGAAGGUCAGGGUGGCAAGGGUUGAUGUUUACAUGACCAUAUUUCAGACCUAAUGACCCUUCCACAGGCAAGCUUCCUCAAAUUGAUAACGGCAUCCGUGUGAAGAGUGGCCCCACCUCAGGGAUAUGGGGAAAACCCAUGGAUAACUUUCUGUUGUUGUUUCUCAAAAUUACUAAUGCAUAACAAAAUGUAAAUCAGGCCUACUUUGUCCCUCCCCACAAUUUUUUUUUUUGUCAUGCACAGAAAUAGGGGUAGUUUCUGUACUCUACACAUCUUGUCACUUUCUUCAUAACCGUUUGGAAUAAUUGCUUCCAAAGCUCUCUUAUCUUUCACACUGUCAAAACGCUUGGCUUCUACCUCAUUUAUAAAGUAUAGGCCCAUCUCUUUUCUUCUGCCAGGUCUGGCAUGUAUUUUUCCCCCUCAUAAAACCAAUUUAAUUGGCAGCCUCUUGAUGUGCUUCUCCUUCUUUUAUACUAAUGGCAGAUAGAUCUUACAGAACCAGUUUUUCCCCUUUAAGGCAUCCAAUAAACUGGAUUUAAGAUAGGAAGAAGCACAUCAUACUGAUGUCAGAUGUUCAACCAGUUGCAAUUUAAUAAAUUUGUUAAAUUUGUUAAAAUACUGAGCCCCAAUCUUCCGCAUCACUCUUGUUUAUAGCACUACCCAUUCAAAAUUGCAGUUUUCACUAUCUCUUUGUUGCAAUAAGACUGUAAGAUUAACAAUUUAACUAGACUGCCUCCCAAAACUACAACUCCUUUUCAUUCAUAUGCUGGUUUAGAAGUAUAAUGGGAUAAUUGUUACUCCAGUGACUGUGUAAAAUACUGGUUUGUUGUACUAUACAAUGUGAAAAAAAAGUCCUCAGAUGAUCUGGUUUAUAAAUAGUAUCUUUGUUGCCUGAUUCAUAUAGACCAUUUUUCAGUAUGGUAUGAAUGACAGAAUUCUGAUUUACCUGUUUGAGAACAAAGAAAUAAAUCUCUGUAAAAUGCGUGUUGAAUUGGCUGCCACUAAUGUAAAGAAUGUUCAAAAUAAUUUUGCAUGCCAAGUGUCCUUGUUGCUAUUUGUUUUUUAACAGAUACUGUGGGAAUUUCUCCCUUAAAUGAAGUAAAAAAAAAAACAUUUUAAACAAAACAAAACAAAAUCAAAACACUUGAGUUCCUUUUUUUUUUCUUCUCAGUUUUUUUCCAUAGAAUGCAUCUUUGUUCCACACAACUUCCAGAAUCCCCAGUUAUUUAAAUAACGGUCUACAAUUUAAUCUCUGUUAGCUUCAUAUAUGAAAACGUAAAAAGUUACAGCAGAAUUCAUUCACUUAAGGUGCGUUCAGUCAUUGUUGGAAGCAUUUUUGUAGCCACUUUUUCAAUUUGUUAUGGAAUGCAGACUAAAUUUUGUAGUCCCUGGAUUCUGAAGAGCAGUUUGAUCUAGUGGUUGUGGCACCAGGGUAGAAACCAGGAGAGGUGAGUUCUAGUCUCGUCUUAGACAUGAAAGCCAACAAUGACUUUGGGCCAGUCACACUAUCUCAGCCCCACUCAUCUCACAGGGUUGUGAGGAAACUAAGAGGAGGAAGGAGUAUUGGGUAUUUUUGCUGCCUUGAGUUAUUUAUUUUAAAAAGGCAGGAUUUUCUUAAAAAUCUAAUAAAUAAAAACUUGUUGCCUACAUACCACAGUUCACCAGUAUAAUUAAUUGUUUUAAGGGUGGAUUGUUCCUGGACAACUCAAAUAUCAGAAGGAAUAAAACAAGUUUUUACCUGCCAAUAAGGUGAGAGCACUCCGGUGUCCCAAUAAAGGAGAAUAUUUGUAGCUCAGGAUUGAAAUGGUGCUCUCUGUGCUUGGUUUUGUUUUGUUUUUUGCAGAGGUUUCAAUAUUCAAACUAGGUAACAUCACCAGUAUUAGGACUGACGAUAUUACCUGGUUUGGGUAAUGAAACAUCUGCAAGAAAACAACCAAGCACAGAGAGCACCAAGGAGCCCCCUUGCUCUGGUGUUCCUUUUCCAGCCACAACAAAAUAAAUUAUGGAAUGCCUUUAUUGAAGGCAUUUCUAUGCCGCAGCAUGUAAUACCAGCCUCCAACAUGACUUCAGCUUCAGCUACUAUUCUGGAAUGCCAUUUAGCAAUUCUUGUAGAGGGAUUUGGAAUCCAAUGUACACUACCUAAACCCUUGAUACCGGAAGGAUUUUUUUUAAAAUUUUCAGACAUUAUUUCAACUUUCUCCUUUACUGGUUUCAUUGAAGUCUUUUCUUUGUAUAAAAUUCAUUUGCCACUGAGGAAAUUAUUUUAGCCUAGCUACUAACUUCAGGGGACCAAAUUUCCAGUCCCUCGUGACUCUGAAUUGUAAUGGUAUAGCUUUGCUACCUGAAUCGCAAAAAUUUUGAAUUGGCCUGAAGACAAGAGGAAUCUGUUGGUUCUCCAUAACUAUUACUUCCAUCAUCUCAUCCUUCAUUCUUCUAUUUCAGUUUUUAUGGUAUGACUGUCUUUUCUUCUUCUGAGAAAAAUCUGGACACCUGGAACAACUAGAAAAAGCAGGACCAAGUCAAUGCUGGUCACUUACAGGAGCUCAACCAUACUGAGUUGCCUUUUUUCAAGAGAAAGAGAUUGAGAUUCCCUCUUCUGAAUGUGAAAUUUCUGUCCGGUCUUAUCUCGUCCCUAUUUUGAAUCCUUUCUCAGUACUCUAGACCAAAGGUCUCCAAUCUUGGCAACUUUAAGCCUGGCGGG